CUUAACCUCACCAGCACAUCUUUCUUUCACUCGGUCGACCACUACAUUUAACAGAUAACUUGGCUUAGCUCUACGUCGUGGAUACACUUAUUCAUCUGACUGUCAAGCACAUUUGCCACCAUGCGCGAAUAUGAUCCGCUAAUCUCUGAAUACCGCCAUGACAAGAAGCGGCCCCGGUCUUCUGAAGCACUCCUCAUACUACAGAGGGUCGCUUCCUUAGUCAAGCCUAUCAUGCGACGACGACAGUGGAAGGUCGGUACUCUUGCGGAGAUGUACCCGGGAGAACGGUACCUUCUCGGUCUCAAUUACGAUGCUGGCCGAAAGAUCUGCUUACGACUUCGUCAUUCUUCUGAUGAGCGACAGUUUCUCGCUUUCGACGAUAUUGUCGAUACCAUGCUUCAUGAACUCUGUCACAUUGUGCAUGGACCACAUCAUCAGAAAUUCCAUGCUCUUUGGAACCAGCUCCGAGACGAGCAUCUGGAGCUUAUUAUGAAAGGCUACACAGGCGAAGGCUUCCUUUCCAAGGGCCAUCGCUUGGGCGGCAGCCGAAUUCCCGUGGAGGAAGCUCGUCGACGAGCCCGAGCCGCCGCGGAACAAAGACGGGCUCUUUCGGCCGGCUCCGGACAGCGAGUGGGUGGUGCCUCCGUAGCGCGUGGUACAGACAUGCGUCAAGUCAUUGCAGAUGCAGCACAGAGACGCCGUGACAUACUAAAUGGCUGUGCCUCGGGCGCCGACAACAGCGCCGAGCUGGCGGAGGAGGCAUCCCGCAAUGGCUUCCGAACCCAAGCAGAGGAGGAUGAUGCGAACGAGCGAGCGAUCAUGGAGGCUGUCAUUGAUUUGAUUGAGCAGGAGGAGCGGGAGAAGUAUGGACCUUCGUACAUCCCUCCAAGUCAACAGAAUCCUGCCGGUCCUCGUUCUAUGCCAUCCCCACCCCUGGUCCCAGAGACCAACAGGCCGGGUGCGUCGUCACAUCCGCAGAAUUCAGAUGACUUGAUAUUAGACGAUACCUCAUAUGAUAAGCCAUGGUCUUGUCCAACAUGCACGCUCGACAAUCCUGCCGAGUUUCUCUGCUGCGAUGCCUGUGCGUCGGAGCGGCCACGGCCGUCGACAGAUAUAUCAGUAUCCGCCUCCAUCAUAUCAGAGCCGCCAAAAACAACAGCUAAGAGCAGAAGUCAUAAGCGAACGAUCAGCCAGUCUAUCUCGCAAGGUACCUCCAAGAGCACGACCCGAGCCAAGGAGUCCCCGGCCACGCCCAUGCAGCCACAGAAGGCGAGCAAAAGGCGAAUGGGACGGACGUGCCAAGCUUGCGGCUCAUUCAUGGAGAUAGAAUGGGUGUCUUGCUCUAACUGUAGUACGUCGAAGCAGGAAUCGUGAAUUGGGCGGUAGCUUUCAGGAUCCGCUCAGCAUGGGCGUUGGUGUCACUGUGAGGCUUAGUCUGGGUGCGAUACCAGGACUAGCAUUCGCAAUCGAGAUUCUAUGGGAGAAAUGAUGUUGAUUUCAUGUCAUGAAGUUGUUUCAAUUCGCCCAUAAGUCAUCUCGUAGAAAUGUUAUCCGUGAUUGAACAUGGCUUGACUGAGUCGACUCAGAGCGCGGACUCCUGAUUCCAACGACAUUUGCUAAAUGUUACAACAAGCGCAAAUCUCAC